UUACACAGUCAGGUUGUCCAAACUGUCAAUGCAGAGUCAAAGUGUUUCCCUACACAUAUAUAAACCUCCAAAACCCUAAACUCUAAUGGCGACUGAACCGGACCGGGAUCGGUGCCGGGCGGGACGCGGCCGUGCGCGCGCUCUGAGCUCCGAUUCCGGAGAAGAGAAGAGGAAAGAGCAGCUCGCGGCGCGAGGGGAGGGAAUCCCUCCAGUUUCUGACGCUCUCUUUACCAAGGAAACCCACACGCGCUCUCUCUGACGCAACUGCCCAUUUCAGGAAACUUGCGUCAAUGGACCGAAGCAAGUGAGACAAACAGUGAAGUCCACAGCAGGCGCUGACGUCCGGAACAAAACGAAAUACUCCUCUCCGUGCGCGUGUUUUUUUCUGUAUUUUGACUGACUCGAGCGUUUCCACGCGUUCACACUUUAUCGCCAGUGUCCGCCGAGCGACGCGCGGCCGCGGCGGAGCUUGUAUUUUCCUCUGCCUUCUUCAGAAACGACCCCUCCCUCAGACGGAGUCGCAACGCCCAGGCGUGACGUAGGCCGUGUCGUUGGUGUUGAAAAGCCGUUGCAGUUCUACAUAGUGCCAUUGAAGUGAGUCAUCUGUUGGUAGAGUGGUGAAAAGGAAAAGAAGAGGAAAGAAGCAGAAGAAGAAGAAGAAGAGAGGGGGGGGAAGAAAAAAAAUAAAAACGUCGGAGUGUUGUUCCGUGAUCGUCAGAUAGAGAGACAGAGCAGAGAGAAGAGCGUGUCAUCAGGCUUUAGAGCGGAGGGUUGACUCACUCGUGUAACUGCACAGUGACUUGUCUCGGCUGGAUUUGACUGCUGAAGGUGUGAAGCUGCUGACUUUAGCCUGAACUUUGCGCAACCUGAGAGGAUCUUUAGUUUAGUUCAGCUUUUUUUUUUUAAAAAAAACGCCUGUGGCUCAAUAACAAUACACACACAGAGAAAACAGCAACAAAAAAUAUUGAUUCUAAGCUGCAGUAUCUGUAACAUGGUUUAAUUUAGUCUUAAAGGAGCGUAAUUGCACUUUGUCUUUGCCAACUCUUCUCUGGAUAAAAUUAACAACGUGUCGAGUCAGGGGAUUUUUUUGCUAUUUUUUUCUGUUCGUGCCUUUUUAUCGGCGAGGAUUUUUGAAUUUUUUUUUUUAAAAAAAAGCUCAAACUACCCACUGAACUCUUCCUCUUUCCUGGAUCAUGUACCAGGACUACUCCGGGAACUACGACACCUCGUCCCGCGGCAGCAGCACCUCUCCGGCCCAGCCAGACUCCUUCACGAGCGGCAGCAGCACGAUCGGAAGUCCGAUCUCUACCUCAAGUUACCAGAAGUACAGGGUCGACAUGCCCGGCUCCAACAGUGCCUUCAUACCCACCAUUAAUGCAAUCACAACCAGCCAAGACCUGCAGUGGAUGGUGCAGCCCACAGUCAUCACCUCCAUGUCCAACCCUUACUCCCGCUCCCACCCGUACGGCCAUCACCUGACCAGUGGGCCGGGGCUGCUGGGACACAACACGCUGGCCCGACCCGGGGUCAUCCGCUCCAUCGGGGACACCAGAGGCCGACGCAAGAGGGACGAGCAGCUCACCCCAGAGGAAGAGGAAAAAAGGAGGGUGAGGCGCGAGCGGAACAAGUUAGCCGCUGCCAAAUGCCGCAACCGCAGACGGGAGCUCACAGAGAUGCUGCAAGGGGAGACGGAGAAGCUGGAGGAGGAGAAGGCAGACCUGCAGAAGGAGAUCGAGACCCUGCAGAAGGAGAAAGACAAGCUGGAGUUCAUGCUUGUUGCCCACAAUCCCGUGUGCAAGCUGCCCAUGGAGGAUCGCCACCAGUCGUCAGGACACCACCAUCACCAGGAGCAGUGCAACCCACUCCCUCUGACCAUGCGACACAACAUGGGCAGCCGGAUGAGCCACGUGGUGGUGAAGCAGGAGCCGGAGGACGACGAUGACGACGACGACGAUGACGAUGAGGGGGACAUGGGUAAACCUCAGCACUCGGUCAUCAAACCCAUCUGCCUGGGCGGUGGCGGGAUAUACUGCACAGACGGCGACAGCCUGAACACACCAGUAGUGGCGGCGUCCACCCCGGCUGCCACGCCCAACGCCCCGAGCCUCAUUUUCACCUACCCGAGCAUGCUGGAGCCCGAGAGCCCGUCGCCCUCCUCCGAGUCGUGCUCCAAGGCUCACCGGCGCAGCAGCAGCAGCGGCGACCAGUCCUCAGACUCCCUCAACUCCCCCACCCUCCUAGCUCUCUGAGCGAGGGCUCGGCUCAGCUCAGCUCAGCUCAGCUCAGCUCCGCGCGGCUCGACUUGACUCAGCGAGGCUGAGAAAAACAAACACUGUGGUUGGCGGGGUGACUGCUCGCCUCCCUUCGGUUUCCUUUGAAGAGCACAUUGAAAAAGUCCAGACCAAGCUGACCAUGUGAGCUGUUUCCCCUCUGCGGGGGAGACCCACAAGGGCUACGUGUUUCUUCUUGUUCUGCUUCAGUGUAAACAUUUUUUUAUUUUUUUUUUUCCUAAAUAUUAUUAUUAUUAUUAUUAUUAUUCGUAGAAGUGCGUGCACCAAUCCUGAAGCGUGUCAUCCCUUCGCCAUUUCAAUCUCAAGUGUCAACUUGUUUACCGGGCCAGACAAUUGUGAGUUAAGUGACUUAAAACCAGAGCGUGUGUUCUGAAUUAAUAUAUAUAUAUAUAUAUAUAUAUAUAUAUAUUUUUCUGAACCUGUUGAAUAAAGCCAUGCUGACGCUUGCACUCUGCCAAGACGAAUCAAUAAAUCUUUGAACGAGGUCUUUCUGAGGAGAGAAGGAGACAAUGAGCAAAGACUUCCUCUUGUCUUUUUUAUUAACAUCUAGAUUUGUCUUUGCUCCGGUGGGAUCACUACCAUGAGAGAGUGUGUGUGUGUGUGUGUGCGUGUGUGCACAUUUCUGCUGUUAUCUCCAUCUUUUUAACUGUAUUUCUGGACUGAUUCGCUUUCUGCAGAGUGUUGGGUUGAGACGUUGCCCUCACCUUUAAUCUGCAUGUAGAAAAGCAAAGCUGUCAGCUACAGGGCGACGGACGAACCACACGAGCCAACUCUCAAUCAAUCUAAUACUCUAUAUACCUUCAAUUUUGCCAUAGUGGCUUGACUUUCUAGUCGUAUUGCUGUGCUUUUUUUCCUCAGUGAUUCUGUACCUGAACUGUACAACCUGUGUAUGUGAUUUACAUUAAUGUCAGGGAGUCAUCUCUGGUGUAGUCGAACCCCCUGUGGUUAAGAGCGUCACAGGACUGCAGGCUACUGUCGGUACAUGUCUAUGGUCGGGGGGGAUGAUGAUGCUUUAUCGUGUCACGUCCAGAUUUUCUCUCCCUCCUGCACUGGAUUCUGUAUUUCUUUAUUUCUAAAUAAAGGUCUUUUACUUCUUUUUUUUUCUUCAGUUUUCCAACACUGCCUCUCUCCUCUGUGGGCGGUUCAGGUUUUCAAAAAGCCAAAAAAACUUGUGUGUGACACACGUAAUCCUGUAAUUUGUGCGUCUUUGUCUGAAAAGGAGGGAUUUUUUUUUUUGCUCAGAUUUCAAAAAGCCACUGUGGUCUAGACUGUCGCCAGCUGCCAAUGAUGUCAACCCUGUUUAUACUGUGUUUGUAAAUCUGUCACUUUUAGUCAAGAAAUGAUGUUUAAAUUCAAGUCAGAUGUGCUAAUUUAUGGGUGUAUGAACAUACGCCAACAUGGAGGUACUGGGCAGAAGCGGAGUCGGCUUGAAACGAGGGCCGGACACAGUCCACUUUUUUUGACUUUAAAGGAAGGAAACAAGAAGACUCUCUCUACAGCUGGACUGACAUGAAAGAGGACACACCUUGAAGACAAGAUGUAAUAUUUCUGAAGUUCUAUGAAGCACUUCUUUUUUUCAUUAUUUGUACAUGUGUGUAUCUUUAAAAGGGAUGAGGGACCGUGCACUGAGAAGGACACAACAGUGAUAAAUAUAUAUAUAUAUACAUAUAUAUAUAUAUAUAUAAAUAAAUGUUUUUGUUUUUUACUUCAAACAUUCCUAAUGAAUAUAAUGUCAGGGGUGAAAGUGGGUGUCAUGUUUGAACCCUGUCUUGUUAUCAAAGUUGUGGUUGGAAGACGUUUGUUGCGCUGGAUGCAGAAAACAGACUUUCGGAAAUUUGAUUCAAGCUGCUGCUACUUGUCAGAUAUUUCUAUUUCACUGACAUCAGCAUCAGUCAGGCAGCAGGAUGACUGAGUGAAAAAAAAAAGGGUGAAAUGAUAACCAAAACCAUGACUGUGGGCAUAUCUGUGGAAAUCUCCUGAAGCCCCUCGACUCACAUAGGAAAGCCAUUGACUGUAGAUCUUCGUCUACUGAACAUGUCAUCUACUGUCUGUUGCCUGUUUUCAGCUACUAUUACUUCUUUUUUAUUUUCCAAACGCUUUAACUGUUUAAAAUGAUUCAAAAUUAAUAAAAAACAGCAAUAUGUAUAGCAGUGUUUGUUAAUUUAAAUGAAUAAUAAUAAUGAAAAUAAAAAUAAAUCAUUUUCAA